AUGCUCACCUUCCCGAGGAGAACGCUCAUCCAGAGGCUCUUCAGACCCGCGGGUGCUCGUCUUUUCAGCAUCUACGAAGGCCAAACCGUGCAGGAGUCAGAACUGCUUCCACAAGAGGACGACUGGGUUAUAGAAGAGACCAACUUCUGCUUGGGAAGGAACUGCUACGUGCGCUUCCGGGAGGAGGACGAUCUUGCCAGACGUGCUCUCCAUCAAAUGGACUCCCAAUUGAACAAGAUGCAUACCAGGCUGAGGGAUGGUACCGUCAUUCCCUACAUGUCCUUCCAUCCGGAUGAGAUGGUUGAUAGGCCUGCGCCUAUCCAUACAUUCACCGAGAAGCCGUUAUUGAAGUGGACGUGGGAUGAGACCUACGAGGAGGCCUAUGAUGAUCCUGAGGCCCCCUACUACAAACGAGUACCAUACCCUGGAGACGCUCAGACAGAAGCUCCCGAGGAGGUUCUCCCCCACUACUAG